AGGGAGGCUCUGGACCGGAGAGCCGCGGUCGCAGCCGUCGCCGCCGCUGCCGCCGCGAGAGCCAUCGCCUGGAACAGCUGAAGCCGUGAGGAGCCCAGAGGAGCUGGGUGCGCUGCCGGGCGGCGAUAGCCCUCCCGCCUCUCUGAGAUCCUUGACUCCGAAGUGAGUGCUCCCUCUUCUGCCAGAAAGACGAGAAGCUCCCAGUGGCGGCUCCUCAGGUUCUCCAGCAAGCCUUGGUGGCCCAGCAUGGCCCGCUGAAGGAACCAUGACUGGCUGGCCGACACACACCACUGACCACCCAGAGUCGUGUCUCACCAGGAGGUGACCCUCCUCCAGCUGCUCCCCUACUCACCCGCCCCACCCAGGAAAGUGCUCUCGCUGCCAGGGACACCAUGUAGUAGGGCUGGCCACGGUGCCCAAUGAGCUGCGAUGGUUUUGUACACGACCCCCUUUCCUAACAGCUGUCUGUCCGCCCUGCACGCCGUGUCCUGGGCCCUCAUCUUCCCGUGCUACUGGUUGGCGGACCGGCUCCUGGCCUCCUUCAUCCCCACCACCUUUGAGAAGCGCCAGCGGGCAGACGACCCGUGCUACCUCCAGCUGCUCUGCACCGUGCUCUUCACACCCGUCUACCUGGCCCUCCUGGUCGCCUCACUGCCCUUCGCGUUCCUUGGCUUCCUCCUCUGGUCCCCACUGCAGUCUGCCCGCCGGCCCUACAUCUACUCCCGGCUGGAGGACAAGGGCCCCACUGGUGGGGCGGCCCUGCUCAGCGAAUGGAAGGGUACGGGUCCUGGCAAAAGCUUCUGCUUCGCCACCGCCAACCUCUGCCUCCUCCCGGACUCGCUGGCCAGGCUCAACAAUGUUUUCAACACCCAAGCCCGUGCCAAAGAGAUCGGGCAGAGAAUCCGCAAUGGGGCCAGUAGACCCCAGAUCAAAAUCUACAUCGACUCGCCCACCAACACCUCCAUCAGCGCCGCCAGCUUCAGCAGCCUGGUGUCACCACAGGGCAGUGAUGGUGUGCCACGGGCCGUCCCUGGGAGCAUCAAGAGGACGGCCUCUGUGGAGUACAAGGGCGAGGGCGGGCACCAUCCUAGUGACGAGGCUGCCAACGGCCUGGCCUCCGGGGACCCAGCUGAUGGAGGCAACCUUGAGGACGCCUGCAUCGUGCGCUUCGGUGGUGAUGAGGGGGGUCGGCCCCCCGAAGCCGUCGAUCCCCCCAAUGGGGGCCAGGCCAGGAAUGGGGCUGGUGGAGGCCCACGGGGCCAGACACCCAACCACAGUCAGCGAGAUGGGGACUCGGGGAGCCUGGGCAGCCCCUCGGCCUCCAGGGAGUCCCUGGUGAAGGGCCGGGCUGGGGCUGAUGGCGGCAGUGGGGAGCCGGGCUCCAACAGCAAGCUCCCAUAUAAGGCCUCGGUGGUGAAGAGGGCAGCCGCGCGCAGGAGGCGCCACCCGGAUGAGGCCUUUGACCACGAGGUCUCCGCCUUCUUCCCUGCCAACCUGGACUUCCUAUGCCUGCAGGAGGUAUUUGACAAGCGGGCGGCCGCCAAGUUGAAAGACCAGCUGCACGGCUACUUCGAGUACAUCCUCUACGACGUCGGGGUGUACGGCUGCCACGGCUGCUGCAGCUUCAAGUGUCUCAACAGCGGCCUCUUCUUUGCCAGCCGCUACCCCAUCAUGGAUGUGGCCUAUCACUGUUACCCCAACGGGCGGUUCUCCGACAGCCUGGCCUCGAAGGGAGCGCUGUAUCUCAAGGUGCAGGUGGGAAGCACACCUCAGGACCAAAGAAUUGUCGGGUACAUCUCCUGCACACACCUGCACGCCCUGGCAGAGGACAGUGACAUCCGGUGUGAGCAGCUGAACAUGCUUCAGGACUGGCUGGCUGAUUUCCGAAAAUCUACCUCCUCGUCCAGCGCAGCCAACCCCGAGGAGCUGGUGGCGUUUGACGUCAUCUGUGGAGAUUUUAACUUUGACAACUGCUCCUCCGAUGACAAGCUGGAGCAGCAGCACUCCCUGUUUACACGCUACAAGGACCCCUGCCGCCUGGGGCCUGGGGAGGAGAAGCCGUGGGCAAUCGGAACUCUGCUGGACCAGGACGGUCUCUAUGAUGAGGAAGUGUGCACCCCUGACAAUCUGCAAAAGGUCUUGGAGAGUGAGGAAGGUCGCCGGGAGUACCUCGCCUUCCCCACCAGCAAGAGCCCCGGAGGCGGCCAGAAGGGACGCAAAGAGCUGCUGAAAGGCAAUGGCAGGCGCAUCGACUACAUGCUGCACGGGGAGGAGGGGCUGUGCCCGGACUGGAAGGCCGAGGUGGAAGAAUUCAGUUUUAUCACCCAGCUGUCAGGCCUGACGGACCACCUCCCGGUGGCCAUGCGACUGAUGGUGUCUGCAGGGGACGACGAGGCAUAGACCAGCCCAGUCACCACGAGCAGCGGGGCCUCCGCCAGCCCUUUGAGUCGCAGUCCCUCCCUGGCCGUGUCCCCUCCAGCGAGCACCACUGGCGCUGGCGGAGGAGGGCAGGGGCCCGGGAGAGCCGCGGCCAGUCCUGGGUGGGCUGGAACCAGCGCUGCCCGGCACCUCUGGGCACUCGCCAUGGACAGGGGUCAGGCCGGCCUGGGGAGUGCCGGCUGCCCAACCAGUGCCAUUCUUUUGAAUCGCUGAUUUUCUACAAACCUACAGCACAACCUAGUUUAUAACCCAUGGGUUAGUAUGAGAUCCGGGUUUCUGUACUCUUUGUAUCUCUUCUCAAGCUUCGUCCAGGGUUCAUUGUUUCUGUCUGCUGCCAUGUUGUCUCGCAUGCCUGCACCCUCGCAUGCACGCUGCCCGCAUGCCACAUGCCACACCGUAGCCACAGACCCCUCACUCGGGCCUCACCCAAGGCCAAACUCCAAACACAAUCAGAACCAGCCAAAGAAGCAUUCCUGGACACGGGACCGCCAGCUCGCCGCCUCCAGCCUGGACAGCUCACGAGCAGGGACCAUGAAGGCUGUGUCCAGUUACCAGCGAGCCCGGGCUCUUUCCCAGGGUCUUGCAUUCAAGGGCGAUUACAUUUUAAAAAGAAAAACAGAAAAAGAACAAAAAUAACCCUUCACUUUAAAGGGUCUGCAAGCCACAAGGGAGAACGCUGUUCUUCCUGAAAGGGGCUCCCUUCCCCCGGCACAGCAGAGCCCAGGGCCUCCCUUGGAGACUCCAACGUGGGCCAUGGAGCCACAGACAGGAUUCUAAGGAGACAGCAUACUUUUUUUUUACAGGAAGAAGGGCCACUCACGGUUUAAGGGGGGAGGGGGACUUCUGGUUUUGAAAACGGUAAGAUUUGUAGCUUCUGUUCUGUCAGAACCAACACAUUCUCUUUCUGCCUGAUCCUGUCUCCCCUCCCGACACCCUUCUGGUUCAGGACCAAUCCUCCCUUGGUGACUGUCCCCAUCCGCGUUCUGGCUGAGCUCAGGAACCGUCCCCCUGCAUCGGGGGGUGGGGGGUGGGGCUGCGGCUCUGUCCUCCUAGGCCCAUCCUCCACAGCGACCCCAGCCCUGGAUGAAGGGACUUGGGGGUCAAGGCACAGGGCAGCCAGUCACCUCACCAGUGUGCAGGCUGGGGGUGGCAAGGCUGAUGGCCACCGCUCGUCCCCCACAGGGAGCAGUACUGGUUGAUGUUCAGGUGCACAGGCAUCCAGUCUGCCCCCACGCAGCCAGGGCCAGCCCCGGGUACCUGUGCACGGCGUGGCAGAGCCUGCGGGGGAAGCCCAUAGCUCCUCAUCCCAUGGCAGCACUGCCUCUGCCCACCUGCCUUUUUAAACACACCUGGGGACGCCCCCCACCCCGUCACACAGGGAGGGUUUUGUCUAUUUCCAGGUGCAAGGCCCCUCCAAUUCAGGGGGUUACUAACAACCCCCAGCUGGUCUCCCCUCCUCACAGCGCCCCAACCAACGUGCCACCUGGCUUGAAGCCAGUUUUUCCCAACAAGGCUGGGGACGUACCAGGACUCUGCUACCAGGAGCCUCCUGGUGCCAAUAUGCUGAUGUUGUGCCUUGUCACCCACUGAGCUGCAAGAGGGACCAAGACGGGCAAAGUCAGAGGCCAGGCCCUGCACUGGAGGGGACACUCCCAAGAGCUGCACCCAAGGUGGUGUGGGCUGGUCUGAAGCCCCCUGGCCAGGGCAGCAGCUAGGCAGAGGGCUUCACUGCCUGGAGCACUCCCCUGGCUAGGCCCCCAGCCCCACCCCCACAUCAAGCCAAGAGGGCAGUUCACCAUCCAGGGUACAGUCCUCCCUGGCUCUCUAGUGCACCCCUCCUCCAGGGCCAUGGCUCCUGGGGCCAUGGCUAGGCUUCCCUGGGUCAGAGGCCUCCAAUCCUAGGAGCGGCCAGAAAUCUGCUCGCAGGUGGAGCUCGACAGGGUAGAUGUGAUACCCAGACGUCUGGGCCUGAGCCAAGGCCCCAGACUGUGAGCCAGCUGUGUGCCCAGGAGAGCCGCAGGGGCAGGGCCUGGCUCCUGAAGUGGAGUGACUCCAGCACAGCUUCCAGCCCUCAGAGGGGCUGCUGGCCUCCCGGGGCAGCUGGAGGGGAGCCAGGGCACGGGGCACAUGCUUCUCUCCCUACACAUGGGGCGGCCUUAGGCCAAGUCAUACCUCCCUGUGCCUCAGUCAUUCUCCCGUCCUAACACAGUCGCCUCUGCCCAGCCUGCCUGGUCUCCAGAGAAGGGCCUGCCUGCCUCCCCACUCCCCUUGCGCUGCCCUCUGGGGCCUCAGUGCUGAGGCCGCCAUCGCUCAGCCACGAGUUUCAUCAAACCUGUGCACCCCCAGGGCUGUGUACAAGCCAGACUUUUCCACUUCGAUUUUUAAAAAAGAAACAUCUCAGAUGUUUCUGUGGCAUCUAGGCCUGGAAGGACGGACAGGUGUCACCUAAAUCCCCAAGGCCCUGCACCUGCCCCGGGCCAGCCUCCUCCACAGAAGCCAGGAGGCAGAGGUCAGCUUCAGAGAAAAACGGUCACUUCAUCUGUCCAAACCACCUUCAGUUUUAAGUAUGGGUAUUAAUCUUGAUGCUUUUUAACUAUUGUAUUAACUUGCUGAAAUUUAGAAAUACUGUUUUAAAAAAGAAAAAAAAAACACUUUUUUAAUUUCUGUAUUUUUUUCUGUAUUGUAUCCUCAUGGGACAUUAGGGGUUUUCUAUGGUAAGCACACCUAAGGUUUUGGUAAAAAUGUUAUCAAAUAUAUUAUCCAAACGAUUCUUCCCUAGAAGAAAAACAAUCUUUACACCUGAUAAAAGUAUUUUGAAAAGAGAAGUGUUUUUUUUUCCUUUACUGGUGCUGAAAAGAAGGAUGGAUAAUGAGGAAAAAAAAAAAUAAAACUGUGAGGCUCAA